AUGUCGCAGCAACCACCACAAGAACCCAUAGCUAUGCCUUCUUCCCAGACGAACGAAACCUCUGAACCACAUUAUGACCAGCAUCAAUCGCAGGUGCAAGUGCAACCGUUGAAGAUGACGCUUCAACAACAACAAGCCGGUCAGUCGGGUUCUUCCGCUGCUACAGCGAUUCUGCCAAUAUUUCCUAUAUCCUCUAAUACGAAACAAUAUUUUGUUUCUGCAGCCAUUGAUCUCGAUGAAAAUAAAUAUCUCUGGAUCGGAGAUCUUCAGGAGUGGAUGGAUGAGCAUUACCUCCUCAAAUUCCAGUCACAAGCAGCAGCUGAGAGGGCUUUGCAGUCGUAUAAUGGGUUACCGAUGCCAAGUGCCGAGCAGAAGUUUAGGAUGAACUGGACUACACAAAGCAAUGGAGAAAAGAGACAAGGAAAUCAUCCAACUGCUAGUAAGAAGUCUGGGAUCGGUAAGCAGUUUAUGAAAGGCAAAGACAUUGUGACAGUGAGUCCGACAGAUCGCUCAUUCUCCGGUGAGGAAUGGACUGUCUUCGUUGAUAAUCUCAGUAAAAAAGUUUCUAGAAGAGAAUUAAGAGAGAUAUUAAACCAUUAUGGAAGAGUGUUGAGGGUUUUCAUCGUAAUUUUUUUUAAGAAACCACACUAUAAAUCUUCUAUAUUCGCAUUUGUCCAGUAUGCGAAGGAGGAAGGUAGAAGAAGAGUAAUACAAAAUAUCCAUGGAACGUUGAUAGAUGGGAAGAGUGUCUUAGUGGGGGUCGCAAAAUAUAAUAAAGCUAUAAAACGAGAAGUUGGAGAGAGAAGAUUCAUGAAAGUAGCUAACAAGUCAGCUAGAAAGGACAAAGGAAGCCAUGAGGAGGAGAUAGAGCUAUCGAGAAGCUUGAGGGAUGGACGAACGUAUAAGGAUUUUGAACGGGGGUGA